UAUACUCUUAUGAAUGUCACUGGCAGAAUUACCUGAUUUGGCAAUAAUAAUUGUUACAGCCGAGGGAGGGCAUUGGCGCCGGUUAAGUUCCUUGGUUAUGUAUUGCGGCAUGGGUGCUCAGUCCAAAUUAAUCUUCGCCAAAUAUGGAACUUGUCAAUUCGAGCUUUUGCACGAGGACGUGUUAACAUACUAUUCAAUUGCUAUUUAGAUAUAAACCAUUAUAUAGAGUAAGGACUUGUCAAUAGAAUGGUAUUGUCUCACUUUAUUGCCAAUGAUGGCACACAUAUCUUCUAUAAUGAAAAAUCUCAGCAAUACCUCUUUUUGGAUCAUUCGGGAGUAUCAGAAGUUACUAAUAAUUUACCAUCAAUUUAUAGUAAAUUAACUUUAUCAACUAAUACUUAUUCAAUUAUUAUUGGGAUUAUUAAAUUAAAAGUUAAUAAGUAUAUUAUUGUGGCUGAUAAACAUAGUAUUACUGGUAAUAUCUUAGGAAAUGAGAUUGCUAAAAUUGAAUCAUUUAAAAUUAUUCCAUUAAAUGCUUCAUUAAUUACAAAGAGUAGUGAAGAAUCUCAAUAUUUAGAUUUAUUAAAUCAACAUUUAACUAAUGCUACAUUAUUUUAUUCUGUUGAUAAUAAAUAUGAUCUUACUAAUUCUUUACAAAGACAAUAUACUAUUGAAAAUUUACAAUAUGAUGAAAGAUUUUGGUGGAAUUCUUAUUUAUGUAAAGAAUUAUUAGAAAAUAAUGCCAAUAAUUUUGUUACUCCAAUUAUUUAUGGUUAUUUUAAAUCUCAUUCUACUUCAUUUAAUGGUCCAAAUCAUCAAUUAGAUUUUGCUUUAUUAAGUCGUCGUUCAAUUAAAAGAGCAGGUACAAGAUAUUUCCGUCGUGGUAUUGAUAGUGAUGGUAAUGUAGCUAAUUUUAAUGAAACAGAACAAAUAUUUACUUCAAAAGAUAAACAUAUUUAUUCACUUAUACAAACUAGAGGUUCGGUUCCAGUUUAUUGGUCAGAAAUUAAUAAUUUAAAAUAUAAACCAAAUUUAGUUAUUAGCUCUCAAUCUUCAAUUGAUGCAACUUCAAAACAUUUUGAAGAUCAAAUUAAAUUUUAUGGAGAUAAUUAUCUUGUUAAUUUAGUUAAUCAAUCAGGUUAUGAAAAACCAGUUAAACAAAGUUAUGAACAUAUUGUGGAUAAUUUACCAACAAAUAUUGCUUCAAAAAUUCAUUACUUAUAUUUUGAUUUUCAUCAUGAAUGUAGAAAAAUGAGAUGGGAUAGAAUUAAAUUAUUAUUAGAAAGAUUAAUUCAAUCAGGUUAUACUAGUGAUAAUUUCUUUCAUUAUGAUUUAAAUUCUUCAAAAAUUCUUCGUUUACAAUCUAAAGUAGUUAGAACAAAUUGUAUGGAUUGUUUAGAUAGAACUAAUGUUGUUCAAUCUACAAUUGGACGUUGGGUUUUACAAAAUAUUUUUACUCAUACUGGAUAUUUACCUGAAGAAAAUUUAACUCCAUGGGAAAAUAUAGAUGCAAAUUUUAAUUUAUUCUUUCAAGAUUUUUGGGCUGAUAAUGCUGAUGCAGUAUCAUGUGCUUAUUCUGGUACUGGAGCUUUAAAGACGGAUUUUACAAGAACUGGAAGAAGAACUAAAAGAGGUGCCUUGGCAGAUUUACAAAAUUCUAUUACUAGAUAUAUUAAGAAUAAUUAUAAAGAUGGUAGUAGACAAGAUUCUUAUGAUUUAUUCUUAGGAGAAUAUAAACCAUAUCAAGAUUCAAUAAGUUCACCAUUUAUUGAUAAAAGACCACCAUAUAUUCAAUUAUUACCUUAUUUAAUGGGAACAUCUUUAUUAGUAUUACUUGCAAUUUUAUGGUAUCCAAGAGGAUCUAUUUCUAGUAUUAAUAAUUUAUUAAUUAUUGGAGGAUGUAUUUUAUUUAAUCUUAGAAGUCUUUCUUAUGUUAAUAAAGAAGGAUAUCAAUUUGUUAAUUGGCCAAAAUUAAUACAAUUAGAUGCGGUUAAAAAAGUCGAUGUUUAUGGUACUGAUGGUAAAGUGAUUGGAAUUAAAUAUGAAGAACAAGAGAACUUUAGGCCUGAAGGUAAGAAGCAAAAUUAGAUUAAUUAUAUUGAUAGAACUAACCACUACUGUGACUGUAUACUCAUUAUAUACCAACUAUAUACUUAAUACACUACUAUUAUUAUUGUAAUUGUUACUGUUACUGUUACUGUUACUGUUCAGUUACAGUUCGCACUCCGAAAAAUAAAAACUGAACAACAAAUUUCAACCUUCAACAAC